UAACUGUUUUUUAUUUUCUUGUUUUCCUUUUGGUGUUUAAAUUACAUUGAGCUCUUCGUUUUUUUUUUCUUCUAACUUGUGAUAUUUCUGUUCGUUUAUCUCAAUUUUGGUGAUUAUCUUUUAGUUAACCUGGUGUGAGAUAUAAAUAACCAUGUACAAGGUUGAUGAAGUUGAUGAUUACACUUUUCUUAAUCAUCCUCAGCAAGGAUCUUCCGGUUAUCUAUUGGGCUCGGAUGAAUCUAAUUCCAAUAAAGCUUGGCUUGAAAGGAGACAACAGCUAUUGGAAGAGAGGAAAAAAAUUGAAGACAGAACUUUAGAAUCAUCUAAAAGGUCAUUGGGAGCCUUGUAUGAAGCUGAAAGUACUGGUAUUGAAACGGCUCAAGCCUUAGUCCAUCAAAGGGAACAAUUAGAGAAUACGGAAAGAAAUUUGGACACAAUUAACAACAUGAUGAGACAAAGUCAGAAACAUUUAAAUGCCAUGAAAAGUAUAUUUGGUGGAUUCAAAUCAAUGUUUUCUAAGAACAGUGAUCAAGCCAAUAAGCCUACACCCAUUACCCCAAUUGAUAAUCGCUCUAAAUCAAUCUUAGCCUCUAACCUUGAAAAUAUCCAAAGAGAGGCCUCUCAAAGUAGUGCUCAAAAUCAUCCAGCACUUGCCAAUCGUGGACUUGAUACAUCAGGUUUUCGAUUUGAUGAUGACAAUGAUGGACCUACAAGUCCAACAAGGGUUAAAGCUCCUGGAGAUAGAUCACAAAUGGUAGAGCAACAAUUAGAUCGUAAUCUUGAUGAAAUGGGCCUUGGAUUAAGCCGAUUGAAAAACCUAGCAGCCGGAUUAUCACAAGAGAUUGAUGAACAUAAUGAAAUGCUCCCUAGGAUUAUGAUGAAAGCCGAACGAGCAGAAGACACUUUACAAUAUCAAAAUAGACAAAUUAAUAUACAAUUGAAGAAAUAAUCGUUCUCAAGUGACUUGUGCCUGUUUCACCGAGAAGAUUUUUCUUCUUGAACCAGAAAAAUUCAGUUGAAUUCAUUUCCAUCACCAUCAAAAAAAGAAUCACAAUUUAGUGAAAAUGUUUUUUUUUCCUUCAAACUCGUUCCAUUUUCAAUACAUCAAUUUAACAAUGAAAACAGAACAAAGCAAAGUGAAUUGAUUGUAAGAUUAUUUCAUUUGAUGUACACAUGAUUUAAUUUCCUGUUGAUUGGUUGAUUGAUUAUCAGUAAACUCGAUGAUCAGCUAAUCCGACUGAUGGAUUAACCAUCAAACAAAACGCAAAGACAUUUUUACAAUUUAAUGAGCCAAAAUUAUUGUAACACUGAUGCUUAACUAUAUUUACAAUCAAUUGUAGUUACCAAACUGUACACAAUCAAAUUGUUUGUUUCAAUUUCAUGACAAUAAUAUUGUGAUUAUUAUUUUAA